GCGGAAUCGAACAUCAAGACACCAAUCAAGCUCAUAUAAAAUGUCACAGAAAUAUCCCUGGCCGGGCGCUUCAGUCGCGCCAAUUCCCGCCAAGAACACCACGGCUCUUCUCAUCAUCCACAGCCAAUACGGGUAUCGCGACGUUGCUGCAUGGGGAGACGGCGCUUCUAACCCUGGCUACGAGAACAAUAUUUCCAGUCUAAUUGCCAAAUUCCGCAGUGUUUUUGCGGUUACUCCCCAGGGCGAGAGACCAGUCAUUAUCCACGUCCAAUUCAAGACUGUGUGGACCGAUUCUCCCCUCUUCACAGGCAAAGUCGGUCCCUAUGGCGUGAAUGGCGAGGAGAAACGUGCCAUAGAUUUCCUAGAAUGCUCAGUUCCGCUGAUACAGAGGCGGGAAGGCCCCGUCUUUGUGUACACGUUUGAUGAACCCGAUGCUCCGCCUCCGCCACCCAAACCAGAUGAUCCUCCUCGUCCAGUUUCAGACGAGAUCCUGAUGACGUCUCAUGGCCACAGCGUGUUCAUCAAUACGCCUCUGCAGCAUUUGUUAAACCAGAAGGGCAUCAAAACGCUGCUUAUUGCCGGGAUUCCGACGGAUCACGCCGUUAGCACGGCUGUACGCUCAGCACAGAAUCUCGCUCUUACCGGGAAGUGGGGAGGCCGAGGCAAUAUGGAUGAUGUUGCACUAUCUUCUUUAUGGACUGAUGGAGCUGGAGUGUACGCAUCCCUGGAGAAACCCGAGGGAGGACAGAGUGAGCUUGUGGUUGACAUGCCUCGAAUCAUCCUUGUUCACGACGCAACUAGGACGUUUGGGAAAGGAGGCAUCGAUGCUGAAACAGCCCAUCGCGUGCAUAUAGAAAGUUUGAAGGAGUUUGCUGAAGUGCGAAGUACUUCCGAAGUCGUCAGCGCACUGAGUCAAGAUUAAAGAAGUCCCGCCUGAGCUGGAGUUGAAUAUACUCUAACUAGUCUCUAAUUUAUCAU